AUGGUACGUCGUCAUAGCCGGAAACAGUCAGAGCCACCAGCCAAUGAUCUUUUCAAUGCUGUGAAAGCCGCCAAAAGGGGUCACUAUAUCUACCUUGAGGCUGACAAGUUCUCCCAGGGAGGGCAGUCAGUCGGACUGGUGAGCCGGCCCUUCUGCACCCUGGGUGACAUCUACGUGGAGUUCGCAUACCACAUGUAUGGCCUUGGGGAGGGUGCUAUGCUCGAACUCCUGGGAAGUCCUGCGGGGAGCCCCCCGAUUCCUCUCUGGAAACGCGUGGGGUCUCAGCACCCUUACUGGCAGAACACCUCCAUCACCAUCCCCUCAGGACACCAACAGCCCAUGCAGCUGAUUUUCAAGGCCAUCCAGGGCAGCAACACAGCCUUUGUGGUUGCUAUGGGUUUCAUCUUGAUCAAUCCUGGGACUUGUCCAGUAAAAGUGCUACCAGAGCUUCCUCCCGUAUCUCCAGUUUCUUCCGCUGGCCCUUCUGAAACCACUGGCCUCACAGAAAACCCUACAGUCUCCACAAAGAAACCUACAGUUUCCAUAGAAAAACCCAGUGUCGCCACAGAAAAGCCCACAGUCCCCAAGGAAAAGCCCACCAUUCUCACAGAAAAACCCACCAUCCCCACAGAAAAACCCACCAUUCCCUCAGAAAAACCCAUUCCCUCGGAAAAACCCACCAUUCCAGAAAAACCCACCAUCUCCACAGAAAAACUCACCAUCCCCACAGAAAAACCCACCAUCCCCACAGGAAAACCCACCAUCCCCGCAGAGAAGCUCACAGCCCUGAGGCCACCCUAUCCCAGCCCCACAGCCACUGGGCUGGCAGCCUUGGUGACGUCUCCACAUGCUCCAAGUACCCCUAUGACCAGUGUGAUCCUGGGCACUACCACAACCCCCAGAUCCAGUACAGAGAAGAACUUGAGUUUGGGGGUAGAGGAGAGACAGGGAGACUCCCUGAGAAAGCCGUGGAAUGAAAGCGUGACAGAGGCUGUUUUCCCCUUAGAGCGCUGCCCCCCAAAUGCCAGCUAUGAAUCCUGUGCUGGUCCUGCUUCAUGCAAGAGCCCCAGGCCUAGCUGUGGGCCCCUCUGUUGGGGGGGCUGUGUCUGCAACCCUGGCUUUUUGUUUAGUGACAACCACUGCAUCCAGGCCUCUUCCUGCAAUUGCUUCUACAACAACAACUACUAUGAGCCUAGGGCAGAGUGGUUCAGCCCCAACUACACAGAACAUUGCCACUGCUGGCCGGGCAGUUGGGUCGCGUGCCAGAUCUCUCAGUGUGGUACACACACCGUGUGGCAGCUUAAGAAUGGCCAGUACGGAUGCCACCCCUAUGCAGGCACUGCCACUUGCUUGGUCUACGGAGUCCCUCAUUAUGUCACCUUUGACGGGAGGCACUUUGGCUUCAUGGGCAAGUGCACUUACAUCUUGGCUCAGCCCUGUGGCAACUCAACAGACCCAUUUUUCAGGGUGACAGCCAAGAACGAGGAGCAGGGACAGGAAGGUGUGUCCUGCCUGAGCAAAGUCUACGUGACCCUGCCCGAGACCACCGUCACCCUGCUUAAGGGCAGACGCACUCUGGUUGGGGGUCAACGAGUUACUCUCCCAGCCAUACCCUCUAAAGGCGUCUUCCUGGGUGCAAGUGGGCAAUUUGUGGAGCUGCAGAUGGAGUUCGGUUUGUGGGUGAGAUGGGAUGGUGACCAGCAUCCUGUGUCCAGCACCUACUCUGGCAAACUCUGUGGUAUGUGUGGGAACUAUGAUGGCAACAGUGACAAUGACCCUGACGCCGUCCCAGCAGGAGACGAGGAGCUGGGGAACAGCUAGCAGACGGACCAGGACGAGGACCAGGAGUGUCAGAAGUACCAGGUGGUGAAUCCCCCAUCUUGUGAUUCAUCUCUGCAGAGCAGCAUGUCGGGGCCAGGGUUCUGUGGACGGCUGGUCAACACUCGUGGCCCAUUUGAGACAUGCCUGCUGCACAUGAAGGCCACUUCCUUCUUCGACAGCUGCAUGCUUGAUAUGUGCAGAUUCCAGGAGCUGCAGCACCUGCUGUGCACACACAUGUCCACCAUGACUGCCACCUGCCAGGAUGCAGGCCAUGCCGUGAAGCCCUGGAGGGAACCCCACUUCUGCCCAAUGGCCUGCCCGCCCAACAGCAAGUACUCCCUGUGUGCGAAGCCAUGCCCUGACACCUGCCAUUCAGGAUUCUCUGGCAUGUGCUGCUCAGACCGGUGCGUGGAGGCCUGUGAAUGCAAUCCGGGCUUCGUCCUCAGUGGCCUCGAGUGCAUACCUCGCUCCCAGUGUGGGUGCCUCCACCCUGCAGGCAGCUACUUCAAGGUAGAGGAGUGGUGGUACAAGCCAGGCUGCAAAGAGCUAUGCGUCUGUGAAAGCAACAACAGAAUUCACUGCCAGCCCUGGAGGUGUAGGGCCCAGGAGUUCUGUGGCCAACAGGAUGGUAUCUGUGGCUGCCAUGCCCAAGGUGCUGCCACCUGCACGGCCUCGGGCGGCCCCCACUACCUGACCUUCGACGGCACCUUGCACUGCUUCAUGGGCACCUGCACCUAUGUCCUGACCCGGCCUUGCUGGUCCAGGUCCCAAGACAGCUAUUUUGUUGUGAGCGCCACCAACGAGAACCGCGGGGGGAACCUGGAGGUCUCCUACAUCAAAGCCGUCCACGUGACGGUCUUUGACCUCAGCAUCUCACUGCUCAGAGGCUGUAAGGUCAUGGUUGGAGGGCAAUGGCACAAUCAUAGCUCAAUUUUGAUUGAAGUGGAUAUCAAAGCAGCCCCAGGGAAGCCACAUGGCCCUGAUCCUUCCUGGCCCCUCCCCUGGCUCACCGUGUUCCUUCCCGGCCCCUCCCCUGGCUCAUCUGCCUUCUCUCUUCCUGCAGGACCCUUCUCUCAGUGUCACCAGCUGGUGCCUCCCCAGUCCAACUUUGUCAGUUGUGUGCACGGCCAGUGUGGGACCAAGGGCGACACCACGGCCCUGUGCCGCUCCUUGCAGGCCUACGCGUCCCUGUGUGCCCAGGCUAGCCAGGGCCCUGCCUGGCGGAACAGAACCUUCUGCCCUAUGAGGUGCCCACCUGGCAGCAGCUACAGCCCCUGUGGCAGCCCCUGCCCAGCCACCUGCAGCAGCAUAAACGACCCGAGGGACUGCCCCAAAGCACUGCCCUGUGCUGCGAGCUGCGAAUGUCAGAAAGGCCACAUCUUGAGUGGAACCUCCUGUGUGCCCCUUGGCCAGUGUGGCUGCACUGACCCAGUAGGCUCCUACCACCCGGUCGGGGAGUGCUGGUACACAGAGAACACCUGCACCGGGCUCUGCACCUGCUCCGUCCACAACAUCACCUGCUUCCAGAGCACCUGCAAACCCAACCAGAUGUGCUGGGCCCUGGAUGGGCUGCUCCGUUGUUGGGCCUCAGGUAUGGGAGUGUGUCAGCUCCCAGGGGAGUCCCACUACGUGAGCUUUGAUGGUAGUAACCAUUCUAUCCCGGAUGCCUGCACUCAUGUCCUGGUGAAAGUGUGCCACCCCGCCAUGGCCUUGCCCUUCUUCAAGAUCAGUGCCAAGCAUGAGAAGGAGGAAGGUGGAACUGAGGCUUUCCGCCUUCACGAGGUCUACAUUGACAUCUACGAUGCCCAGGUCACCCUGCAGAAGGGCCACCGUGUGCUGAUCAACAGCAAACAGGUCACCCUCCCCGCGAUCUCCCAGAUCCCUGGGGUCAGUGUCAAGUCCAGCAGCAUCUACACCAUUGUUAACAUCAAGAUCGGGGUGCAAGUCAGGUUUGACGGGAAUCGUCUCUUAGAGAUUGAAAUCCCCACAACCUACUAUGGAAAGGUCUGUGACAUGUGUGGGAACUUCAAUGAUGAGGAAGAGGAUGAACUAAUGAUGCCCAGUGACGAACUAGCACAUAGUGACAGUGAAUUUGUGAACAGUUGGAAAGAUAAGGACAUUGACCCAAGGCUAUCCAGAAGAGAAUCCUUCACCAGCCCAAGUGUGAGCAGGCCUGGAGACUCUGCUGCUGAACUGCACCCCCUGAUGGCCAGCCUGGAUGUCACCUCUAUCCUGCUUGAGCCAGGCUCCCUGGAUCCCUGGACCACCUCCACUCCAGACCAGACAAUGGGGAAGCUGCCGGUCCCACACCAUUUUUGAGUUUUCUCCUCUUUCCUUCUGCUUAAAGUUCCCUCCAAGGAUUUAAGUGCAAGUCAUCCCAGAAACCCAGACUUUUGCUGCCAUGAUCUCUACAUGUGAACUCCUCCCAAGAGUAGAGCUGCCCAGAAGGACCAUCUGUGGUGAUGGAAAUGUUCUAUGAAUGCGCCAUCCAAUAUGCCGGCCACUUGAACACAUGUGUUCCUGGCCCUCUUGGGCACUGGAAUUAGAAACAUAAGGAAAACCAAGGAACUUUAAACAUUUACAAAAGUAGAAGAGUACAGUGAACCCCCGUGGACCCACUGCGCAGCUUAAAUAGCAAUCAGGAUUUUGCCAAUGUGCUCCAAACUAUCCUCCCCUUCCCCCCUUUCUCUUGGCUGGGAUGUUUUAAAGCAAAUCCUAGAUAUGUCAUAAAAAGGAAAUGUAAAAAUAGAACAAAAAUUA